AUUCUUUGCUUUUCUCUCAUUAUUUUUUCUUCUUCGUACAAAAAUGAGUGUUCUCAAAGAAUUUAUGCAAAGUUUUCGAAAAUCAUCGUUUAAAGAAGUUUUUAUUAUAUUGAAUGUUGAUAUAUUUCCUCAAGUUACAAAUUACAUAAACCUGAUAGAAAAUAUAAAGUUCGAAGAUGGCUCUUACCAUACAUAUUUCGGAGAGGUUAAAAAAGUGAUCAAUGGCUUUCUCACUUAUUAUAAAUUCGUUAUAGACGACGUUAUACAGGAAGCCGACAAAUGCACAAAUGUUAUGAAUCGUAACGAACUGUUGGUGCUAAUAGAUAGAACUAUUGAUAUCCACCAGUCUCGACAUAUUUUUUUUGGUAGAGAAUAUUUACCUGUUCAUACUGCAGCUGAAAAACAGUCGUAUGAAGAAAUGGAACAACUGUUUCAGCAGUACAUGGAAAAGCUGCUGGAAUUAAAAAACAAUAUAGAAAGACUGGACAAACAGGAAAAAGUUGACGAUUUCAUUAAGGAUCAUUUUAAAAUGUCCAUCAAAGGGACUCAUGAACUAUUUGAGCUGACGCACACAUAUUUGGCACUGUUGCUAGCUGACCGAAUCAACCAAAUCCGCGUGAGCGUCGAGGAGAUCCACUUACGAGCGCGGAACAACCUGCGCAAGAUACAAGCGGAGUGCGGCGAGAAACUGAACGCUUUGCUGCAGCAGCUGUAUGAUAGGAACAAGAGCCUGCUGCAAGUCAACCGCCAGCACCGCAAGUGUUCCGUCGCCGUUGCUGAAGCUAGUCGCAGUAUAGACCGCAUCCGCUCCAAGAUCGAAGAGUAUUCCUAUGACCCGCCCAUCUCCCGGCUGGAAGAAGAAGUCGCGUACUGGGAGGACCGCGUCAACGAGUUCCACCAGAUUGCGGGGAAACUGGUGAUGCUUAAGAAGGAGCAAGCAGACGUCAUAAAGCAGGAAGAGAUCUAUCAAUCUAUGAAAACAACUGAGCUUCCCGGAUCGAAACGUAUUUGCUGGUGGACCAUGGGCAAAAACUUCGCACAAAGAAAGGAAUACCUAAAAGAUAGAAUCUUGGAGGCUGCCAGACCUUUGAUGUCUUAUUUCUCUAUUCGAGGAACCGACCGCCUUUUUUACACGGACAACAUCGGCUCCUAUUACGUGGACGAGUAUAACCACCAAGUCUACGUGUUUGAUUACGGGAUGGGCAUUUACCAUCUCAACUGCGAAGGCGAUUUCAGAGAGGUGUCAGACAAAGACGUCCACUACUUCGACACUCGCGGCCGCUACGUUCUCGACUCCGAAGGGCAGAAGGUGUACCAAUGUGCGCCCUGCACUAGUACCUACAAGCUGUGCAGCUCUGAUCUCCUGAAGAAGACCACGAAGGACUGCGGACAUUCUGAGAAGAUGAACAAGAAGUGCCGGAUGACUAUUAAAGACCCGAGGAGCGGCGAGAUACUGCCUGAUGUGGAGAAUGUUGAUAUCAAAAGUUCUCUGGACUCUGAAGUGGUGCGUUACCUCUGGGACAGCUUCGGGCAUGUACUGCCGUUUGCCCUGCACGACGUGGGACGCGAUCGCACUAAGAACCCCAUACAGCAUCUGGCGCAUAAGCUGUUAUAUCACAAGUAUAAUAAAACAAUUUCUGAACUCGAGAAAAAGAAGAAAGAAGCCCAAGAUUAUCGCGCCAAAAUAUUCCAAGACAGGAAAGAUAAAGCAAUCGCGGCCAGCAAGGCGUGGAAGGCCAAGCAAGUGCCACGCAGCAAGCCUGAGGAGUCCUACGACGACUCCGACCAAAGGGCCCACGACGCGCAGGCGACGACGCAGAUAUUCCUCACCUCUUUGCAGUACAUGAACUACGACUGACUUGAAUUGUAAUUUUUACAAGCUUAUUUUAAUAUUGUACAAUGUUCCGUUAAUAAAUAUUACUCAUUUAAAUAACACCAGUUUGAUUUUAUAAAAUUUUAUAGAUAUCCGGCUCGAAGGACCACAAAAAUGUCUACUUUAAAACACCAUCAAGUAUUGUAAAUAUUUAUUCUUACACACCUAAAAUCUCUGAACUACCGGCCCAAAUUGGGGAUGCUUGAAUAUUUGACGGGAUUUAAAAAUUGUGUACUUUCCAUUAGGAUUGACACUGCUCAAAAAAUACAUCCCCAAGUGUUUGAAAAGGGUGCCCAACCCGAAUCCAUGAAUAAUAAAAACUUUUAACACAUUUUUUCCAGCAAUCAUGUGCUUGAUAUAACUCUUCCAAAUGCACUGACUCCGGAUUUUGUAUAAAUAAAGGCAGGUGAACAAGGGCUCAUGUGAAUUCUAGUUGAGCACCCUUUUAUUCUAUUUUUCUAGAACAUCGAAAGCCCUGUACGAACUAACAACGAACAACCAUCAUUGAUUGCUACAUCUUGUCUUUCUGUAAACUAUUAUGAAAAUGUUAGUAUAGCCUGACCAGGAACAUAAAAACCCUGGCAUAGAGGCGCGUCAAUUGCAUUUGAUAGUGCAACACUGAGUACAGUCGUACCUGUGUUAAAUUAAUAGGCUAACUUUAUGUAUCAGGAUUUAGGAUUACGGGCUAAUUUGAUAUUUUCAUGAAUUAACGAAAAAAUAUUAUUAUAGGUAACCUGGUUUAAAUAAAUUAAAUGAAAACAUCAAUCGAGCUAGUAGGAUUUAUUUUAUUAUUCAUCAAUAAUCAAAUUCAGAACUUGAGUAUUCAACUGCAAUGUCUGCUCAUGAACGCUUCAAACUCGGCACUUCUUUCCCAAUUCCAUAAAAUUCAACACUUAGAAAGUGACAAAAAACUUUAAAAUAGGUAGUUGAAACAAAACACAGCUAAUUUUCAUAGUGGACUGUACUAUACGAUAAACAUGUCAGUCAAUUUGACACCCUUGUCGGAAAAAAUAUUCAAUGAAAAUAUUGUCCGAACCCUUAGUAUUUCUCUUCGACAAAUACUUUAACACAUUGUGAACCACUUUUCUUUCACGACUAUAAAAAGAUUUUAGCAAUUUAAUUCACAAAAUCAAUUGCGCACAUUUAAAAUAAAGUUUGUUUACACUUUGACAGCAAUAGACUGACAUGCAAGGUGACAUGCCAAUGAAGUUUUCAGUUACUGUUGCCAUUAAAAGAAAUUAGUACCAUUAAUUUUCCGCAACAUGGCGAGGGUUUUUAUGUUCCUGGUCAGGCUAUAUGUAUAAAGUGACUGUAAUGUAAUAUUCAGCAGCAAAUAAAUAAUUUUAGUUAUUGAUGUGAUACGAGUAAGUUAUAGACUGCUCUAACUGUUUGAUACUUGCUUGUGAUCAUCAAGGAAGGCUUUAAAAAUAAAUUUGAAAGCUAAAACCCAAUGUUAACAACUUAAUAGAUAACUGAAACCCUAGAUAAAGUAGACAGAUAUUACUGUGACAGAUUUUUAACUUUGUCUAAGGCCCAGAACACACGGUGAAACGCAAUGAAGAAUGUUCACUAAUUUUGUUUUUUAGCUUUCUGUAUUCUCUGUUAAAAAUAAAAAAUACACGUGAAAGAAUUAUUUCGAUACGUCAAUUAGUUUCCAAGAUAUUGAAUUUUAAAAGUGCGGGCGGCGGCCGGCCCGCCAUUUUAUGCGCGUGACGUCAUAUUACAACGACUGGCUCAUAUUUGUAUGGGUGGAAUCUUGCAAACUGAAUUAAGACCCACUUCCAGGCAACCGAUUAAGCUGAAAUUUCGCAAAAACAUGUGAUUUGGAUGACCAUGCAAUAUUAUGAUGACAUGGAGCUGAUCUGAUGAUGGAGCUGGAAGGUGGCCAUAGGAACUCUAUAAUAAAACGACUUAAAUGCAUCGAGUUUGGGCUCGUUCGUUUUGUAUUGAUGAGUAUUUUAAUUCUAUAUAGUAAUCGGGGUCUAAUGAUGGAGCUGGAAGGUAAUUCGCAAUAAAACGACACAAUCGCAACAAGUUUGGGUUUGGUUCAAUUUUAAUUUCUGUGAUGGGUCUGGGUGUUAAUAUGUAUAAUAAGUUUGUAUUUACAAAAAAAAAUUAUUUAAGUAUGUUUAUAUCCGUUUUCUAGUGAGCGGACGCUGUGAAUGUACGUCACACGGGGUCACGUGACCGUCGGCGGGACUCAAUAUUUAAGCGAACUUUGAAUGCCUAUAAAAUCAUAACUACUGGGUAUUUUUGAAUGAAAUAAAAACUAAUGUAUUUGUAAAUGUAAAAGCUUAACUGUAACAUAGGUUUCAAGUGAUUUUGCAUACCUAGUAACAUUCUCAAUUGCAACGAAACUGCAACUUCUAGUUACUUUUGAGUUGCAUCUAAGUUUCUGCCAUAGAUUCCGUUGAGAAACCACACAUGACAGGACGACCAGUUUGAAACCGGUUUGAAAUGGAACCAGAAACUUAGAUGCAACUCAAAAGUAACUAGAAGUUGCAGUUUCGUUGCAAUUGCGUUUCACCGUGUGUUCUGGGCCUAAGGGGGAAGGGCAAUUAGUUUCAUCGAUUUAUAUUAAAAGGAACAUAAAAACAAUAAAAUCAACGUUAGUAAAGGUACAGGUAUUUAUUGUUCAAGCGUCUACUGGAUAAUAACGAGACACACUGUAAGACGACGUCGACUUCCGACCGAAAGCAAAAUUAUAAUAAAAAACAACCUACAUUAUUAUUCUGGUGGAUAUAAAAUGAUUCCAAUUAAACCCACUGCCAGUAUUUGGUACAUAAACAAAAACGAACUAUCUAAACUAAACCUAAAUAGCACUAUGUAUGAAACAAAUCAAUUUGUAAAAAGCAGUGUUGCCAGAAUUACAAAUAAAAUACAAAUAAAUAGAUAAUAGUUUGCUCUGCAAUGGGUCAGACAAUAUUUGUAACUGAAAUGGUGAUAUCCAAUCUGACACUUGUAUAUUUUAAUAAUUAAAAUGGAUUAAACCGAUGAGAUGAAAUACUAUGACACAGAUGUUUUAUUCUACAUGCAUAUCGUAUAUCUGUGAUGGGUUCUAUCGUAAUACAAUAAUAUUAUAUCACUUUAGAUAUUACCUAGAGCUUACUUAAUUUUACAAAGCCAAUAAAUGUCGCAGUAUAAAAAAGAAAAUCUUUCAAAUAGUAGAAAACAUCUCCUGUCAUAGUCAAGAUAAUAUUAUGUUGGGAAAACAACACUAUAGAUUUAACUUUGGAAAUGAAGACUACAAUAUUAUAAUAGGUGAAGUUAUUUUCCGCAUAUACACUAAUUCGCUCGAACAGGUACAAAAAGUAUAUAUUUCUUUUUAUUCACUCUUAUAUACAAGAGGAAAGAGACCAACCAUAAAACGUGUACGAUUUUACAGUAAAAUUACUAAGAAAAAGUCAUAGCCUUGCCCCAUGUUAUGUUUUUAAAUGUUAUGACACAAUUUAAAAUGCAAGUACCUUUAUCAUGAGUUUGAUGUUUUCAAUACACGCCACGUUUGAUGGUCGGCCCGUAAAUAAAGUCUUUGUCAUUAAGUAAGAUUGUUAUUAGUUCUUAUAAAUUUGGUAACAAUAGUGCUAAUAUGAUAUAUUGGAUUUCAGACUACUCGAUAACUUUGUACGGUUAUAGUACAACUCCCUAAAACAAUUUAGAUUUCCAAACACUGCUCGACAUCAGUACUCACUAAUACCGAAGCAAAUUAAAAGCGAAUUUCUAACAAAAUUAUGAAAACAAAAAAUAGCUCGAAAUUAAAAUUUUAGAAGCGAAAAUUAAACCUACUCAUUUCAUAACACGAAAAAUUAAUAAUUUUGAACAUUAAAAAAUCUUUACGGGUAUCCAAAUCCCAUUAAAAUGUUUUCUGUGUAGUUUACAAAUAUAAGUUUACAGUUACUGGUGUCUUUCAGAAUUUGGCAACUGAACUUACACUUGUACAUUUAUUAGAAUUACAGCUAUUAAUGUUGUAGUAUAGAAAUAUGUACAAAAAGAAACUACGAAUAUAAUUGAGAACUCUGUCAAUAUCAUGGAAUAUAACCGAUGUAUUUAUUAGGCUUUUACGUGAAAACGAUGAACAUUUUAGAUACCAAUGUCAAGAUUUACUCGAUAGUAACACUAAUGCGACUGGCCACUUCGAAUCCAUAGACUUGAAAUCAAGACGAUAGAAAACAAGGUUUUGCAGUUACUAUAGUACGAAGACAUUUUUAACAAUAUUUUUACUCGAGUCUCUAUAUUACACAUCUAAUAUUAUGACAUUCAUAAAGGGCCAAUGAAAACACGAAAAAUUAAAAAUCUAAACUACAAAAUAAAAUUGUGAACCGGCCAAAUGAAACACCCGUUUAAUUCUGUACAAACGCUUCGAGACGCGAGGAGCCGUCAGUUGCGCGACGGCA